AUGGUAGAUGAGCCGAACCACCGGAUUCUAGCGUUGGAGUCAGGUGAAGCUUGGCCUGGCCCGAGCCCGACCCCUGUCCGGCUACGCCGCCAACGAACGAGCCUCGGAAGACCAGCUGCCACGGAUUUCGACCCGACGGCCGGCUCCGGACUCGGGUUGCUUGGAUACGGCUACGAUAUUCUGAAGUCGCCUCCUAUGCAUCCCGGCCGUUCACCAUCCGAUGCACAACUAUUCGCGUUCUCUGCUUGCGGGGUCGAGCUUCUUUGUCAUGACGACUGGCCCUUUCUUGAGACACCGCAGAUCCGGGGAAGCCCGCCACCAAAUCGCCGCAACGUGCGAACGCGCCAAGAGGCGCCGCCCAGUUCGGCAGGGGAGCAGAGCGAUCAAGCUAUUGAGCGAUCAGGCCAAUCCGAACCAAAGUGGCUUGUCACCUGCCAACUGCAAGCGAAGGAUCAGCCACCCGACUCUUCCUCCAGCCUCCAAUGA